CAGUAUGCAAAUGCAAUCAUCCAUGUACAUGUUGCAGCGCUGGUUGGAAUUGGGCCACAAAACGAGGAAAAAAAGUUUCCCGGUGGUUCAUCAUUCAUACAAAUGGGAUGAGUGAUUCCUGUCAGCAGGGAGCCAGAGACGCGCCUUUUUGGAAUGGAAACCUAAAUAAAAGAGAAAAAAAGAAAAGGGGAGUGGGAAAAGCAUUUUGGGAGACCCAGUCUUUCUUUUUGAAGUGCUGUGUUUCUUGUCCGAUAUCUCUCGAAAUUCUUCAAAUUCCCUGACUUCCAAAUCUCCAAUCUCACGCAUACCUCGAAAAAGAAACAACAACAGUAGUGAUUUUCUUUUGGAAAGACCUGAGUUGUUUCUUUUGAAGGAAUUCGGCAGCGUUUUUUUCAUCUUCUCACUGCAAAGCGUAAAUUUGAUUUCACGAGCUUUUCGCCAUUGUUUGGCAUUUUGGGUGCUAUUUGGUAGCCGGUAGCCCUUCUGCCGAAGCUCUGUGAUGUUUGGUUUUCCUUUCUGAAGGAAGAAUGUCGAAGGGAGAACUUUUACGUAUUUGUUUCUGAAGAUGGUUGAGUACUUGUCCACAAAUUACACAAAGAGUUGCAUUAGAACUUUGAGAAGUAACCAUGGCUGGCAGUAGAGUUGAGGUGGUCAACAGCAAGGGUUGCUCGAGGCUGUUCGUCGGGUUUCCCUCUUCCCUGUCUUCUUUUCGAGGUUUGCAGUCCUUCGAGCCCAUGUCACCGGCUUCUUCUGUUAUGUCCGAGCCCAAGCUUCAAGCCAGUGGUCCCUUCUCUGGUUUGGUUAUAUGUGUUACUGGACUAUCCAAAGAAGCGAGGAAGCAAGUCAUGGCUGCAACUGAGAGACUAGGUGGUCAAUAUAGUCCUGAUUUGCAUCCCCAAUGUACUCAUCUGGUGGUACAGAGCUUUGGUGGACGUAAAUUUGAGCAUGCUCUGAAGCAUGGGUUGAAAAUGGGUCUCUUCAUAGUUACUCUGGGCUGGUUUUUGGAUAGCGUUAAGAGGAAUGUGAGAUUGAGUGAAUCACUUUACAGUGUAAAAAGUGUUGGAGAGCAUGGUUUAAAAGUCGAGGAUUUAAAUCGAGUUGUUGGGUUUGUUGGCGCUGAGAAUUCUUGUCUUCCUCUUGGAUUGCAUGAAGAUACUAAAAAAUCCAGUCAAACUCAGCAAAAACAUCAACCAUUUUUGGGAAAGGAGUCUGGUAAAAAUAGUGCAUCAGUUCUUGCUGGUCACUCUAUAUAUGUCGAUUCGGAUAUUUCAGAUGAUCUACGAAGCAAGGUCAUUGAUGCAGCUACUAGAGAAGGUGCUAUAUUUGUUGAUCACUGGUUCGUUGGUUGCAGUGUGAGUCAUAUUGUGUGUGAAGCACGGUCAAUCCAGAAGUAUAUUGGCCACACAAGCACUAUUGUUACGCCAUUAUGGAUUCUCAGAACAGCAAAAGAGAAUUAUGUGCAAAGGCUUGUACACUUGUCUGCUGACUUAGCCAGGCAGAUGGGCCUGAUCCUGGAAAGUCUUCAAAAUGGCAGUUCUGAGCAGGAAGCAAAUGGAGCCUGUGACCCUCAAGUUUCUCUGACUUCCCAGGAGAUUUCAGCACAAAGAAAAUGUAGAGAAAGCCUUGAAGAAAGGCAGCGAAGAGUAAACAUAGCCAAAGUUGGUAUUCGAAACCGCCGUGGUCGCCGUAUGCAGACAUGCCAGACUCCAAUACGCCCAAUAACCCCUAGCAGCCUUCUUGAUUCAAUCUGCUGGUCGAUAUCAGACCCAACUUCAGCUGCUUGUAUUUAUACGGACUCUUCUGGCUUUGAAGAUGUUAGCGAACAACACACCUCUGUGUUUUUUGAUGCAAGAGGGGAUGGGAGGGAUCCAGAAGCUUUGUUUGAGAAUUUCACCCGUCCGCUGAGAGAAAGUGAGAAGGCAGAGUUGAUAUUCAAAAAUCACUUUCUUACUAUACUGUUUCCAAUUGACCGAUUUGGUGAGAUGGGGCCUUCCUCUAGAACAUUCUUCAGCAGCAAUGGUUUCACAUGCUUGCAGGUGUUGAAACAUAUCUAUGCAUUUUAUCAGGAGAACAUGUCAGCAGAUGAGGUAGAAGCUGCAAUCCACACAGACUCUAGACAUGCUGAACGGCUACGAUCAGUCUAUGCCAGUAAAGAAACAAUAGAAUGUGGCGUUGUGCAAUUCAAACGAAUUGAUUUCUUGGGUAGUCGUAGAAGCUUUGAAAUGUUGAAGCGUGUUAGUGGUGAUAAUAACAACAAUGUGUAUGAGUUGUUGAUCAGAGCAUGACGUUGUUUUUGAAUUCAAAUUAUCUUCAUUUUCAAAGCCAAGAAUACAUGGCCUGCACUACUGGAGGACAGAAAUUGUACUGAUCCCAGUUGCACUUGUACGGUUGUACCACAACAAGAAAAAAAGACUGUGGAAGUUAAGAGACCUCCAUUUAUAUCAGAACUGAGAUAAUUUUGCUCCUGAAAUUCUGUAGAUUUGACAAAAUUGUUCAUGUAUGAUGAUUGUUGCUAGAGGUACCAGACUUCCACCGUUUGUUUGUGACAACUGUUCUGGUGUGCCAAUGGUACACGGGAUGUCUGAAAUA